GUCGCUACUGAAAACAUAUUUUUUAGUUGAAGACUAGAGGAAAUAUUGUCGGUACUAUUUUUACUUUAGUAAAGUAUAAUUUAAAUAUGUUCCAACCUGAAGAGCAUGGCCUGGAGGCCGACUUUCGACUAACUAUGUUCUCCACCCUGCGAGGGUGAGGCUGCAAAGUCCCCGAAGAGAAGCUUCUACAGUAUCUCAGGGGAACAGAAAUUGUUAGUAAUACACCUAAAAACAAUGACGACUAUAUUGGAUCUGGAAUGGACUGCGCGGUUAUACCUCUCUCUCGGCACAAGGAAUAUUCAUUAGUACAGACUGUUGACUUCUUUUAUCCACUCGUUGAUGAUCCAGAGACAAUGGGACGCAUAGCUCUGGCAAAUGUAUUGAGUGAUGUGUACGCUGUGGGAGUUACUGAUAUUGAUAAACUGGAAAUGCUAAUAAGUGCACCUUUGAAUCUAACGGAAAAGCAGCGAGAUAUAGUGGUACCAUUAAUAAUGAAAGGCUUCCAACGGGCGUCGAAAAACAGCGGAUGCUAUGGCAAUGUUACGAUCAAGAAUGUUAUCGUCAAUCCCUGGUGCAUUAUUGGAGGCAUCGCCACAUCCGUUUGUCGAAAACAAGAUAUCAUAUUACCAUCGAAUGGACGAGCUGGUGAUGUCUUAGUGCUAACAAAACCACUUGGAACACAGUUGGCAACAAGUUCAUACAUUUGGCAAAAGGAAAAGAAUGAGAAAUAUCAAUCUAUUUUAUCAGAAUUAACUGAUGAUGAUAUAGAGCAAACAUUUCUAAUUGCCAUUAAAUCAAUGACAUAUCUAAACCGAAAUGCCGCUCUUCUAAUGCACAAAUAUGAAGCACACGCUGCAACGGAUGUAACCGGUUUUGGUUUGUUGGGUCACGCCAAGAACCUGGCCGAAUUUCAGAAGCAGCAGCUAUUGUUCAAAAUUCAUAAAUUGCCCAUUAUUAAAAAUGUACUCAAGAUUGGCAAAUUGGUUGGUCAAAAUACUAAAUUAACUGCUGGCAGAGCUGUAGAGACAUCUGGUGGACUUCUCAUUUGUCUAUCCCCGGAGGCAGCUGAACAAUUUUGCGAUGAAUUCGAGAAAGUUACAAAUGGAUCACAAAAGGCUUUUGUUGUUGGUGUACUAGAAGAAACGGAUAAAUCGGCAGCAGUAUUGUCUGAUAAUGUCGAGUUUAUCGAGGUUACGCUUUAAAAAAUUGUUGUAAUGAAUCCAGCUGGGUAAUUCAACUUAUGAUUAUUAUUUCGCAAAGGCUUUUUAGCUAGGAAAUAAUUUGAAAUGUUUUAUAUGCAAAUAUACAAUUUUUGAUAUUCAACUGGAUUCAAUACAGCCAUGAUUUAAAUAAAACUUUGCAUAUUCUUGAUUUAUAUAAAUUUACUGCAUUUCAACUAAAACUUGUUAAUUUUAUAGUAAUUUUGAAUAAACUGUCAGCACAACCGAUUAAUUUAUC